AUGCCAAAGAGAGGAUUUCCGCCAAAUCCUGUGCCUGAGAAUUAUGUUCGCCUGGACCAGAUUACGGACGAACUCUAUGAUAUGUUUUGUAAAGAAGUCAUUGAUGAAGUUGAGCAGGAUUGCGACCCUCAGCAACGAAGGUUGCUAGAUAAUAUGUGCUCUUCAGGAGACUUCGGGGCGGCUGUGGAUUUCUACGAUGAGAUUUUGGGCGAACUGCCCGUUGUUAUGGUUCAUAUGAGAACGUCCAAAGUGUUUUUAUCACCAUCGCUGAGGUCCUAG